UCUCUCUGCUCCCGCCCCCGAAGCCCCGCAAAGACACGGCCGCCGCCGCCCCGCCCGGCUUCCGGGGCUCGCCUAGAAGUGGGGCAGAGGUGAAGGCAGGCAGCGAGCCGGCUGAGGCGGCGGCGGGCCCGUCCCGACCAGGAUCUGCAUCAUGGAAAAGCAAGUGCUCGAAUCCUCUGAGGAGCGAACGUUUCAGUACCAGGAUUCUCUGCCUUCCCUGCCCGUGCCUCCCCUUGAGGAAUCUUUAAGUAAAUACCUUGAUGCAGUGAAGCCAUUUCUAAAUCAAGAAGAGUAUCAAAGAACUGAAGAUAUAGUUAAAAAAUUUGAAAAUGGGAUUGGGAAAGAGUUGCAUCAGAAAUUACUGGAAAGAGCUAAGACGAGAAGGAACUGGCUGGAGGACUGGUGGCUGAAUGUGGCUUAUCUUGAUCUUCGCAUAGCAACGCAAAUACACUGCAAUAUGGGAGGCCCUGGUCCCUUUAUUGAACACUGCUGGCCAGCAAAAGAGGGGACUCAGAUAGAAAGAGCAUCUAUAAAUUUAUGGCACACCCUGAAAUUCUGGGAUCUAUUACGAGCAGAGAAGGUGGCUAUAGAGAGAUCUAGGGAUGAUGUUCUGGACAUGAACCAAUUUCGAAUGCUCUUCUGCACUUGCAAAAUUCCUGGAGUUACCAGAGACUCGAUCAGCAGUUAUUUUAAAACCGAGACUGAAGGUGAAUGCCCAUCUCACCUAAUAGUCCUGUGUCGAGGUCGAGUGUUUGCGUUUGAUACUAUACAUGAAGGCAAUAUGGUGACUCCUCCAGAGAUUUUCAGGCAACUUACUUAUAUACAGAAAAGAUGCCAUAGUGAACCAGAUGGACCAGGACUGGCAGCCUUAACAAGCAACGAAAGGACAAAAUGGGCCGAGUUACGUGAAUACUUGAUUGAUCUCGAUCCAAAGAACUUAACUCUCCUGGAAAAAAUUCAGAGAAGUUUGUUUGUGGUCUGCCUUGAUGAUUCGAGUCCCCAUGCGACUCCUGAGGACUACACUGAGGUUACAAGGCUGGGGCUAACAGGUGAUCCGACUGUACGCUGGGGAGAUAAAUCCUACAAUAGCAUAUUCUUUUCCAAUGGAACCUGUAGCGCGUUCUGUGAUCAUUCUCCUUUUGAUGCCAUGGCUUUAAUUAGCAUGUUAGCUUAUGCCGAAAAGAAGAUUCUUGAAAAUGAAGGAAAAUGGAAGGGAUCAGAUAAAGUGAGGGAUAUUCCUUGGCCAGAGGAACUUGUAUUCACAGUGGAUCAAAAAAUUAUAAGUGAAAUUGGACGUACUAAAGAACUAUAUUACGAAAAGGUAUCUGACUUGCAGCUAGUGAAUUAUGCCUUCACAUCCUUCGGCAAAGCAUUGAUUAGAAAGAAGAAACUUCAUCCUGAUACAUUUGUGCAGCUUGCCCUUCAGCUGGGUUAUUACAAAUGCCAUGGACGCCCAGGCUGCUGUUACGAAACUGCCAUGACGAGGCGUUUCUAUCAUGGCCGCACAGAGACCGUAAGAUCGUGUACUAUGGAAGCAGUGGAGUGGUGCAAGUCCAUGCUGGAUCCUUCUAGCAGUACUUAUGAACGACUACAGCUGAUGCAUAAGGCAUUUGCAAAGCACAAUAAAAUGAGGAAAGACUGUGAGAAUGGCAAAGGAUUUGAUCGUCAUCUUCUGGGUCUCCUACUCAUAGCACAGGAGCAAGGACUGCCAGUGCCAGAACUUUAUGUGGAUAAUGCCUUCACAGCUAGUGGAGGAGGUGGGAAUUUUGUUCUUUCAACUAGUCUGACUGGCUAUACCAGACUUACUGGAUCUGCACUCCCUAUGGUACAACAUGGCUAUGGCUUUUUUUAUUCAAUCAGAGAUGACAGGAUCCUUGUUGCCUGUUCUUCUUGGAAAUCGUGUCCAGAGACGGACGCAGAAGUGCUGUGUAGAACUGUGUUCCAGUGUUUCCAGGACAUGCUACAGUUAACAGUUGCAGCUCAGCUGUAGGGUUGAUAAUGACGUCAAAGCCGUUGGAAGUUCACAAGUUCUAUGUAGUACUUAUAAAUGAAAUGCUACUCAAGAGUACUCUUAUCUUCAAGUUACGACAUUUAGUGAUCUAUGUGAAGUCUGCCUGUUUCUAUGGGAUUUACUGUGGUAACGGUACCCAUUUAAGAGUAAUGUAGCCAUUUGCAACAACAAUGCAAGCAGUAGUACCUUAUCUGUGUAGAACUAUGCAAUAUUAAAAUAUGCCUCAACAAUGCAAACGUACGUGAGAGAUGGGGUGUUAGAAGUGGAGAAUUUAUGGGAGAUUUGUAUUUAUGAUCUUAGUGGUAAUAUGUAGAAUACUUUGUAGUUUACUGAUACUGUUUAUGCCAGCGGAGCACUUAACUGCAUACUUAAGAGUAACCACACUAUCCUCUUAGGUGAUUAUGCUUCCUAUCCAUAGUGGUUUAUGAAGUAGAAGGGCUGCCUCCAUCAGGCUGUAUGUUAUUUUGUAAGUUAUCUUUCACUUUUGGCAUUGGGAUUAUACCAAAUAAAUGUUGUAUCCGUGAAUGGGGAUGUUUCCACUGCGCUUGUUGUAUGAGAGCACUACAAUCUGAAGUACUUUCGUAAAGGAGCUCUCAAAAAUAAAGACAGAAAGCAGUAUAUGAGUUCCAGAUUCCUCAGAGUUUUCAUCUUCUAGUGAACUGUGAAUAUCUGCUGCUUUACACCAAUAAUCACACUAUAAAAGUAAGCACUGAAUGCAGUUUGAUACAAUUCUCAGGAUUUUAAGACUUGAUUCUUCUGUUUGAGCAGCUUUGUAUUUUCCUGUCAUAGAAAUAAAAUUCUUCUAAAAAUCA